AUGGCAGGAUUUCACAUGUCAUCUCUUAAACCUAAUGAAGUAUCAGCUAAUCUACGAUCAGGUACAUUUGCAUUGAAGUGGCCAGAAGAGACAAAUAAACCUGUGAUUCCAACUGCCGUUAAUCUGUCUGUAGAUGCCAAAGGUUUCUAUUUGAUUUGUCUCAAUAAAGUCACUAAAGAAUCGGAAUGUUUUGAUAUUGCUUUAAUUCAUGACACUCGAACAGGUUCCGAUGCAUCACUUCCUCGAGGUGCUACUGAAUGUGAACAAAUGAAUAUUGGCGUAAUGGAUGUUCCACUUUCAUCAAAAUGGCUUACAAUUUAUUAUGGAAAUACAUUUAUACCUGAUCGUGAAUUACGUAUAAUUCAUUUUUGUUUUCAUUCACCAACUGUUGCUCGAGAAUGGACUGAACAAUUAUUUCAAUAUGGACAUAAUCCACUUCUACGAAAUUUAUCUAGUUUAGAUUGUCUUGGAAAAUUUCAUUCGAGAAUAGUCAAUGGUCUUGUUGAUGAUCGUUUUGAUAAAAAAGCAAUUCCUGUUCGAAAUUUAAUUCAAUUUCUAUGUAAAAAUACUCGUGAUCUUAAUAAAGAAACAAAAAUUCUUAAAACACUUGAAUUAUUAGAAUUACCAUGUCGAAUGGAAACUGUUAUUGAUCCUGAUCAAUUUACAUUUAAUAAAUUUGUUCGUUUCUACAUGCAACUUAUGGAACGUCAUGAAAUUGAUAAAUUAUUUGAUACAGCGGGUGGAAAACAUCGACGAUAUCUUAGUUGGGAUAAAAUCAGAGAUUUUAUCAUUAAACAAAAUGAUGCACGUGGUGAUGCAUUUGGUAUGGAUUAUUAUGAUCAAAAAGCUAAAGAUCUUGUUAAAAAAUAUACACAACAUGAUGAACAUUUUAUACACAGAGGAAUGUAUGAUGAAUCAUUUCUUCGAUAUUUACUUAGUUUUGAUAAUUUAAUUGCUGAUCCUGCAAAAUUUGAUCUUUUUAUGGAUAUGGAUAAACCUUUAGCACAUUAUUUUAUUGAAUCAUCGCAUAAUACAUAUCUGACAGGAUCACAAUUAACCGGACGUGCUAGUAUAGAAAUGUAUCGACAAGUAUUAUUAACUGGAUGUCGAUGUAUUGAAUUGGAUGUUGUUGAUUCUGAAAAGAAAAAUGAUGAACCAGAAAUAAAACAUAGAAAUACACCUGUUCGUUCUAUAAGAUUUCUCGAAGCUAUUACUGCUAUUCGAGAAUGUGCUUUUAAAGUUAGUCCUUAUCCGAUAAUACUUUCACUUGAAAAUCAUUGCAGUCCUCGAGCGCAAGCUAAAAUGGCUCAAUAUUUAGUUGAUGUUUUUGGUGAUAGUCUCAUAACUCAACCACUUAAAACUCAUCCAAUUGAAGAGAAUUGUCCAUUGCCAAGUCCUAAUGAUCUUAAAUAUAAAGUUUUAAUUAAAAAUAAAAAACUUCAUCAAAGUAUAAAUUUACAAUCAACUAAUCUUAGCGCACAAGCAUCUAUUCAAAAAACAGAUUCAAUAACAACAAGUAUCAGUGAUCAAAAUGUUGGUAAAUGUCCAACACCAACAUUACCUAUUCGAUCAUGUAAUACAAAUCGAUUAGGUGAUUGUACCUACCGUGGACAAACAAUACUCAAUGAAAUACGUCUUGAUUCUCAAUCGACUGAUUUUGACUCACAAUUAAUGAAUGAUAAUAAUCGAAAUGGUGUUAUUAUUGAAGAAGAUGAUAGUUCAUCAUCUGAUGAUGAUGUUUUAAUAACGCCAAGUAAUGAUAUAGAAACAAAUGAUUUAAACAUAAAUACAAAUCCUACAGAAAUUAUGAUGUCUGGUCAAGCAACAAAUAUUGAUGUUCUUGUGGAAUCAAAAGCAACAAAAGCAAUGUCCGAUCUUGUUCAUUAUAUUGUCCCAGUACGAUUUGUUACAUUUGCACGAGCAGAAGAACGUAAUCGAAGUUAUGAAAUAUCAUCAUUUGUUGAAGAUAAAGCACAAAAUUUAAUUCGUGAGUAUGCUAGAGAUUUCGUUGCAUAUAAUCAACGACAAUUAAGUCGAAUAUAUCCUCGUGGUACACGUUUUGAUUCAAGUAAUUAUAAUCCAUAUUUAUUUUGGCCAGUUGGCUGUCAAAUGGUUGCAUUAAAUUAUCAAACAUUAGAUACACCAAUGCAAGUCAAUUUAGGUUUAUUUUCAUUUAAUCGUGGUUGUGGUUAUUUAGAAAAACCAUCAUCAUUAUGUCAAUCAACAGGUUCAUUUGAUCCAAAAGGUCGAACAAAUGUUGAAAAUGUUGUUGGUUAUCAAAUUGAUAUAAAAAUUAUAUCUGGUCAAUUUUUAUGUCAAGAUCGUGAACCAACAUAUGUUGAUAUUGAAAUGUAUGGAUUAUAUGCUGAUGCAACUAAACGACAUGAAUAUCGUUUACGUGCUAAACGUUGGAACGGUUUUCAAGCUGUUUAUGAUGAUACGGAUGUUGAAACGGGUGAAUUUUCAAUUCGAUUUACUAAAAUUAUUUUACCUGAAAUGGCUGCACUUCGUUUUGCUGUUUUUGAAGAAGAUGGAACAUUUAUUGGACAAAAUUUUAUACCUGUUGCUCAUUUACGUCCUGGUUAUCGUCAUGUUGUAUUACGAAAUCAAAUAAAUAUACCUGUUCAAUCAUCAAGUUUAUUUGUUUAUAUUCGUAAAGAUGUUCAUGUUGAUGCUGAAAAUAAAGAAUUAAUUGAUCAACUUGUAUCACCAAUAUCUGUUCAAACAGUAACUAAAGAUCAACAACCAAAACAUAUUACAUUUAAACGAUUAUCGGAACAACGUUCUCAAUCAGUUGGAGAUAUAAAUAUAGCAAGCAAAAGUUCCGAUAAUGAAAUUAAACUCUAUACUGAUAAUAGAGAUAGUUCAUUCAAUGAUUCUCAACGGCCUUAUUUUUCAUCAAGAAUAGAUAUUAAUGCUGUUCCAACUGGAUUAGAAAUGAAACAUAAAAAACGUAAUCAAUCAACACCAAUGGUUGAUGCUAAUUGGUAUCAAAAUCGAUUAAUUUCUUCGAGUCAGUUACAUGAUAAUACACAUUUAUGUAAACAACUUUCAUUACAUGAUGUUGAAGAAACUAAACCAUUCAAACGAAAACGAGAAGCUAUUCAAGCUAAAAUACGACGUGCUUCAAUUGAAUAUGACAAGAAAAUUCAAAAUGAAGAAGAACGAUUUCAAAAAUGUCUCCAUCGUCAACAACAUGGAAGGAGUACAGUGCUUCAAAAACCUAUCAAUUAUUGGGCUACUUUAGAAUUGAAUAUGGCCAAUCGUUCAUAUACUGAUAAUUGUGCAUCAAAUUUAAUUCAUCAAAGAUUUAUCAGUGAUGAAGUAAAACAAGCUGAAACGCGAUUACUUGAUCUUUAUUCUACUAAAUUCCAUUUACAAAAUGAAAUAGAAUAUAAAUUAUCAAAAGAAUAUUAUAAUGAUUUAGAAAAAUAUGUAAAUGAUUAUUAUGCUAAACAAUUACAACGUAUUCAUUAUAUAUUUAAACAUGAACAAUCAAAAGUAAAAGGAGAUGUUCGAGUACAAAUGAAAAGUGAAACAAAGAAAACAAUGAUGACUGAAACGGAUAGAGAAAAAAUUGCUACUUUAAAAGAAAAAAUUCGUCAAAUGAAUAUUGAAGCUGGUGCUCUAGCAAUUCGCAAACUUCAAGAAAUGCAUGAAAAAUUAGAAAAAGAAAUUCAAUUGAAUUUACAGACAACACUUCGACGACUUCAGGAAGAGAAAGAUUUAGAAACAAAAAAUCGUUUUGCUACAUAUUCAAAUCAACUUAAUGAAAUAAGAUUUCGAUUACAACGUGAUAUAUAUGGUACUGAAUAUUAUGGAGUACGUGAUAAUGCUACUCAAAAAUUAUAUCGUUCAAUAAUAACGUCAAGUGCUUCACUUUCUGCUAUAUCUGAUCAUCAUCAAAUACCAAUCACUUCAUCAACGUUUACUACAUCAAAACCACCAUCAAAUGUUACGAUAUCAAAUCAACCAUCUAGACGACAAACUGUAGAUAACAUGCGUAUUAUAACUAGUCGACCAGAUCCCGAAGAAUUAGUGUGCUAUAUAAAUGAAACAACUGAAUCAACCCGACUUUAA